AUACUAAACUCUAUUUAUACUUUUCCUUCAGUUGAUUGAUUUUUGCUUUUCUUCUUACUUGAAGAUGUUGCUGAAAGGUUUAAUAAAGUAGAAACAUCCAGGGAUCGAGUUUGAUAGAUCAUUUGUUGGAGUCUUUUUAAGAAUGCCUGGUUUUGAGUUUAUAAGAAAGAGACAUUUCUCUCAUAUGAAUAAAAUAUCUUUAUUAAUAAAGUAGAAACUUUGUUAAUCAUUUGUGACGUAUAAUAGCCACGGUUAUUAAUCAAUAAUCAUUUAUCAAAAUCAGGUGCAAGACCAAUAGCUUAUAUGAAUAAAAAUCUUUAUUAAUCAUUUGCUAUUGGCAUAAUGAAACUGGUUUCUUUGUAAGAUUAUUUAAUAAUUGGUUAUAAAGAUUUUUUUUUUAAGUUGGUUUGAUUAUGCAGUCACUCAAAUUUUAACCACAGAUGAGUUGAUAUAAAUCUCAAUGAAUUAAAAUCCAAUCCAACGGCUACUACCAACAAGUGACAGUCCACAGUCUAAACCCAAAAGCAAUUGACGUCAUUCUUGUCUUUUGCUUUUGUCUUUGUAAGUUAAAGACGAAGGAAGUUUCUACAUCACCAUGGAACCAGUUGGAUCUGAACAUGGGUAAAGCUUCUAACUUGUAGGGACAUAGAGUGAACUAGUUUCUUUCCUGUAAUGUGUUGUGUUGUGUGUUUGGUCUCACAUGAUUACUUAUACUUUUAGAGUCACGAUGAUCGAACAAGUGUCAAUAGAACGGUUCAUGACUCAGGUCACAGAGCAGGCUUUAGAGGUUAUCGAUUUAAAGCGUCAGUGGAAAGAAUACGAGGAGGCGUAUGCGUCGAUGAGGAGACUGUAAGGAAGCAUGUCCUAGAGGCUAAGAAGAAAGAAGAGGAAUCUGAUAUGAAGCACUCUCUGGAGACACAUGUGAUGAUGUUGGCUCUCGAGAUGCAGACCGAAGAAGAGGUCGCAAAGAAGCAUGAAGAGCUGAAGAAAGAGGUUCAAGUGAAGAAACAGGAGCUUGAAGCGAGGGAAGAUGAGCUGAAGAAGAGGGAAGAGGAGUUAGAAGUGAAGAGGGAGUCUCUAGAGGUCAAGGAGAAGAGUGUUGAAGAGAGGCAGAAGGAGGAAUCUACUGAGAUUGAGAAGAGGAACCAGAAACAAGAAGCAGAAGCUAGAGAGAUUGAAGUGAAAAGGCAUUCUCUUGAGCUCAAGGAGAAGCAGCUUGAAGAAAGAGAGGAACGAGCAAAGAGUAGAAAGAGAUCCAGAGAUGAAGAUUGCCUCACUAGAAAAAAACACAAACAUGAUGCUAAAGAGAAGGAAACAGCUUCUGAUGAGGAUCCUGAGCCAUACUCUUGUCCUGAUGCAGACUUCAACACUUUCAACAACAACACAAUAAGCUCUUUCGCUGUGGGACAAGUAUGGGCUCUCUAUGAUCCUUCAGAUGAAAUGCCUCGGUACUACGCUCGGAUCAGGAAAAUUCUGGAACCUAAGCUGAGAGUUGGCAUUAGAUGGCUUGAAUCAAAACCAGCUCCAAUCGCUUGUGGAGAAUUCAAGUAUGGAGACAAAACCACAAGCAGCCACUUGAUGUUUUCUCACGAGAUGCCUCACGUCAGAACUGGAAAGAAGACAGUCUCCAUAAACCCGAGGAAAGGUGAGACAUGGGCUCUUUUCAGAGAUUGGAAGCAGCACAAGCGUCCGUAUGGAUAUGACUUUGUGCAAAUCGAGUCUGAGCUGGACAGUGAUCAUGGCGUUGGAGUUGCUUAUCUAGGGAGAGUGGAGGGAUUCACUUCAGUGUACGAACUUGCUGAGCAGCAUGGACUCUUGAAAAUGAUGAUACCGUCUGAUGAGAUGCUUAGGUUUUCGCAUAGAGUUCCAUCUUUCAAGUUGACUGGAGAUGAGAAGAAAGGUGUCCCUGCUGGAUCUUUUGAGCUUGACCCUGCUGCUAUUCCUAAAGACUGUCUUGAACCUUUGAAGGUUAAACAAGAGAGAGUUUAAGUUCAGUGCAAGUCUGAUGUGUCUUUUUUUAAAGUAUUGUAUGUAUGUUGAAGAUGCACAAUGAACUGAAGUGAUUUGAUGAAUCAUAUGAACUUCUUUUUUU